AUGUACUGUUUUCUAACUUUUAUUAUUUCAGAGAACAAAGCGCUUGUACAAAGACUGUAUGCAUUGAAUCAAUCCCUUCGAAACAAGGACAUAGCAAUAAUCGCUAUUUCGGUAGCACUAGGCAUUGUCAUCGUUAUUCUAAUAAUAGUAUUAUCAUGUUAUAUUGGCAAGAAACAUAAUAGAAGGACAAUAAUAUAUGACGAGGAAAGUCCCGAAGGAGAUGAUAGAUCACUUCUGAAAAACGAUGUCUCUGAUAAUUCAACAAAUUUAUCUGAACAAACAGAACUAAAGGAAUUUGAUGUUAAAUCAGAUAGUACAGAGGAUUUACACGAGAGAUAUAAUGUAAACCAAAGAGUAACUACAACUGAGGAUGACACUGAUCAACAAAGUGCAACUACAUCAGAGGGCGACAUUCAGCAGAAAGAUGGUGCAUCAAGUGAUGGAGGAUCAAGUAAUAUAGGAUUGAGUGGCACUAGUCAAGCUCAGGGGAUGGAACAUUCACCAGGCAGACACCUAUCAAACAUACCUGCUACAAAUACAAAAGGGUGUAAUAAAAUAGCAAUUAAGAGAAAUGAUGUAAGUCAUCAACAUGCAUAAAUGUGAAUUUCUUAAAGAGAUGAGCGCUAAAUGAACUAUUAAAUAUAAACAUUAAGAAACAAUCUAAAUCGGGAUAUAAUGAUUAUAAGACUGUUUCAAAUUGAACAACGUUGGUAAAUUGGCCGUAAAGAGAACAAUUACUAAAUAACUAAUUAUAACUAAUAACGGUUAUUUUAACUGAACCUUUUAUAAGUGAUUAAAUCUUAGGUCUGAUAAUAUUUCAAAAUGAUUUUCCCUAUAAAUGUCCAUAAUUAUGUUGACUUACCUGAAUUAUUCACGGAAUUUCCAUUCAUAUUUCCUCAUGAUUUUCUUUUUCAACACGACAUUUUGGAAAUUUUAGGGUACAUUUACAUGUAAAAUGUCACGUAUACCUGGAUAUGAUUUAAAUCAUUGUUUUUUAGUGCACAUCACGUGAAUAAUAUCCACUGUUCAAUUAUAAAUAUAUUAAACUUGCACAUAUUGAUAAUCCGAGCAAAAUAUAGGUUAAAAAUCAUAUCAUAUUUCAGCUAUAAAGAGCUAUUCAUGUGUGCAAACGUUUGUAAUCUUGGCCUUGAGAGAUAGUAGUGUGCAAAUAUAUAUAGUUCAAGGUUAAAUUUGCAAAACUUGCGUGAAAUAGAUAUCUUUAUUAUUAUAAAUGUUUAUGAAACUUUUUUUAAAAUAUAUAAUAUUUGAAAUGCUGGAAGUUGAAAUAUGGGUAAAACAAGUAAACAUAAUACCUUAUAUGGUUAAAUGUCAUGAUUUCAAUAGUCUGUUUAUAUCUAAAUAUUUUUUUUAGAUUAUUUAUAUAUACGAUAAAUUUGUUUCCAAUAUAAGGUUUGUAAUAAUGAAAAACGUGUUAAUAGUGUUAAGUAUCAAACAUAACGACACACCAUUAAAGAAUGAUACAUAGAUGUGACAUACAUGAUCUAAUAUUUCAUAUAUUUUAUUUAGCAAAUAAUAAAAAUGUUCAUGAACAAAAUAUUAUUAUUAAUCAUGUAAAUGUACAUACUAAAUCUCUUUCAACUUGAUCAACAUUCUUUUCAUGCAAUAUUUUAUAAAAGAAAUCCACAAGAUAAUUUCUUUUGUUACGUUUUUAUCAAUUUUUGAACUAUUAAAGGAACUUCACUGAGGUUUAUAAGCCUAAAACAUACCAUUUUAAUUUUUUCACAUAGAACAACAUGAGCACUUUAAACAGAAAUAUUAAUAAAAUAUAACUAAGAAAUACACAAGAAAUACAUUGAAAGUCAUAUGUUUGUGCUUUCCUCAGUCCGAUUUGAGAGAAAAGCGUUUAAGCGCUUUUCAAUUUUGGGUCAUUUUUCACUUUUAUAAUAAUAAUUGUAGGAAAUCGGAGCGAGCUAAUGAUCUGAAAUUUUGCACAUAAGUUAUUAGUAUAGAUCUACAUGAAAUAGAGUUAUAAUCUCAAAAAAUUAUUUCCAGUCCCGUCAUAUCAAAAAACCUCAGUGAAAAAGCCUAAAGUGAAAAAGUGAAUAUCGAAUACUAAAGAUCUGUUUGAAUUAGUGUAGCAGGAAUGGUUCUACAUUCAGAGGGUGUUCAGAUGCGUUCUUUUAAAUUAGCUAUUUAUCUUAUUUUAAGUUAUCUGUACCUAUUUCAUUUUAUGACCAGAAAUUGCUUUUUUUUAUUUUCGACCAUUAAAACAUUUUUUGUGUGUAUCGUAUUUGUAAAGACGAAGUGACGAAGUGCAUUUUAGCACUUUGUUGAUUUAAUUUAUUUACGUCUCUCAACUUCAGUUCAAUAGCAUGAUAAUAUAAUAUCAGCUUAGAUAACUUAAUUUUGAGCUGUCAAGUUUCUUACUGAUAAUUUGAGUUUUGUUUCUUGUUGUUUCUUUUACGAAACAUUUUGAAGCAAAGUAGUAAAUUAGCCUACUCUUUACUAUAUUAAAUAUCGUUCCUGCCAAAUGCUUUGUAUACUUUCUGGUAUGGCAUUUAUUCCUGAAUACAUUUUUGUUAAAAUGAUUUGAUGUCAGUACAAAACUAACCAUCUAUUAGUUGACAAGGGAUUACAAAUGGUAUGCCAUAAACAUGUUGUUAACGAGAUCACCUUUAAAAAAAUAGGCCAAUUUUAUCUAAGCUUAGAGAUUUAAUAGUUCUGUUUUGUUCUUGGCAUUUUAUUUCAUGAUGUUAUCUAUAUAAUUAUGUACUGAGCGGAUUAAAUGAUCGGCUGAUAAA